GACCUGGCAACCCUAUUUUUGGGCCACUAGCUGUUGGUGCUGCUCACCCUUACCCUAUUCCUGUUCCUUGCAUCUUGCUGGGCCUACUCAUAGCCCAGUAAUCAAUCCCUCACCAACAGCUGAGCCGUGCCUCUGUUGUUCAAGGGCUAAAAGGAGGAAGAAAUGCUGGAGUUUGGAGUUUAAAUACCACCAGUGUGAAGGCGGUGUGAAGCUCCACAGACUGGCUGAAUGCAGGGUUUUCACAUGGAGGCUCUAGCUGCACCCACCUUGCUGUUGUACAGCAAGUAACUACACCAAGCGUGAGGGGCAGGUCCACCAGGAGUGGAAGAAUUUACCUUUAAUACCACACUUCUUUGUGCAUUGGGAGUCAACACUUGGAUUUAUUUGAUCAUAACAUUUGGAGAACUUUUGCUGGGAUCAUCACCAGAAUUGUUCUAAAAAGUACUGAAAAGAAUUCAAGUCGGAGACUGUCCAGCGUGAAUUAUCAUCACAGCACCUGAUUUUUUUUUACUUCAUCUCUUGCCCCAGGAUCUGUUACUGAAAACAAAAUGUCCUCUAUAGAUCCUUAUCAACAUAUUACGGUGGAGCACCAAUAUUCACAUAAAUUCACUGUGACUGUAAAGCGAGCCAAGAAUGUUACCAAGGGCGCUCUUGGAGAUAUGCUUGACACACCUGACCCAUAUGUGGAACUGUUCAUUCCAUCAACACCUGACAGCAGAAAAAGAACAAAACACAUCAAUAACAAUGUGAAUCCUGAGUGGAAUGAGACCUUUGAGUUCAUAUUGGAUCCUAACCAGGAAAAUGUUCUUGAGAUUAUUCUUAUGGAUGCCAAUUAUGUGAUGGAUGAGACUCUUGGUUCAGCAACAUUUCACGUAUCAUCACUGAAAAUUGGAGAGAAGAAAGAAGUUCCAUUCAUCAUCAAUAAAGUCAUAGAAGUUACUUUGGAGUUUUCUCUUGAAGUUUGCUCUUCGACAGACCUCCGCUUCAGCAUGGCACUGUGUGAUAAAGAGAAAACUUUCCGACAACAGCGGAAAAUGAGAGUAAUGCAGCAUUUGAACAGUUUUCUGGCGUCUGAAAAGGACAACCACUUGACCUCCGUUCGUGACGUUCCGGUGAUUGCAAUAUUGGGGUCUGGUGGUGGAUUCCGUGCCAUGGUGGGAUUUUCUGGUGUGAUGAAAGCACUAUAUGAAUCCGGAAUUUUAGACUGUGCGACAUAUAUUGCUGGCUUGUCUGGAUCUACAUGGUACAUGUCAACGUUAUAUUCUCACCCGGAUUUCCCAGUGAAAGGACCAAAGGAGAUAAAUGAAGAAUUGAUGAAUAGUGUCAGUCACAAUCCGUUAAAGCUGCUUACUCCUCAGAAAGUCAAGCGGUACAUUGAAGCAUUAUGGAAAAAGAAGAGUUCUGGCCAGCCUGUUACGUUUACAGAUAUCUUUGGAAUGUUGAUCGGAGAAACACUCAUACACAAUAGGAUGCACACCACUUUGAGUGAUAUGAAAGAGAAAGUCAAUAAGGCACAGUCUGCUCUUCCACUCUUUACAUGCCUCCAUGUUAAACCUGAUGUAUCGGAACUGAUGUUUGCUGAUUGGGUGGAAUUCAGUCCCUAUGAAAUUGGGAUGGCAAAAUAUGGCACCUUUAUGCCUCCCAAUUUGUUUGGCAGCAAAUUUUUUAUGGGAACGGAAGUGAAAAGAUACACAGAAAACCCCUUACAUUUCCUAAUGGGUAUCUGGGGAAGUGCAUUUGCUAUACUAUUCAACAGAGUCCUUGGAGUUUCCAAUUCUCAAAAUAAAGGACCCACAAUGGAAGAAGAACUAGAAAACAUCAGGCUGCGGCAUCUAGUGAGCAACGAUUCAGACAGUGAUGAUGAGUCACAGGGUCCGAAAGGCUCAGAAAACCCUGAUGUUGAAAAGGAGCAUCAACAGAGCAGCCAGGAAAGCUGGGUCCAGAGAAUGUUUAUGGCCCUUGUGGGUGACAGUGCCCUUUUUAACACCAGAGAAGGACGGGCAGGCAAAGUGCACAACUUCAUGCUGGGCCUGAAUCUCAACACAUGCUAUCCGUUUUCCCCUCUGUCUGGCUUCAAUACGCAAGAAUCUGUAGAGGAUGAUGAACUGGAUACUGCUGUGGCAGAUCCUGAUGAAUUUGAUAGGAUAUACGAGCCAUUAGAUGUCCAGAGCAAGAAGAUACAUGUUGUAGAUAGUGGACUCACGUUCAACCUGCCCUACCCACUUGUCUUGCGGCCACAAAGAGGGGUUGACCUUGUCAUAUCGUUUGAUUUUUCUGCACGUCCCAGCGAUUCCAGCCCUCCUUUCAAGGAAAUCUUACUUGCUGAAAAAUGGGCCAAAAUGAACAAACUUCCUUUCCCCAAAAUAGACCCACACGUGUUUGAUCGUGAGGGGUUAAAGGAGUGCUAUGUCUUCAAACCCAAGGAUCCCGCAUCUGAUAUAGAUUGUCCAACAAUUAUCCACUUUGUUUUGGCUAAUAUAAAUUUCAGAAAGUUCAAAGCCCCAGGUGUUCCUAGAGAAACACAAGAAGAAAAGGACUUUGCUGACUUUGAUAUUUUUGAUGACCCCAAUACACCAUUCUCCACCUUCAACUUCCAGUAUUCAAAUGAGGCUUUCAAGAGGCUGCAUGACCUGAUGGAAUUCAAUACUCUAAACAACUUAGAUAUAAUCAAGCAAGCCAUAGCAGACAGCAUUGAAUACAGGAGGCAGAACCCAUCCCGUUGCUCUGUGUCCCUCAGCAGUGUUGAGGCAAGGCGGUACUUCAACAAACCCCAAAACAAUAGCCAUACCUAGAGACAAUGCAGUGCAGCCUGCCUUCCACAGAAGCAGAAGGCAUCUGGAUUCAUCAUACAGACACUAUUGUGAGAAAAUUCAUUGUUUAGGAAUGAAACGCUACAAAACAGAGGAAAGUGGUGACAUCGGGUUUUUUUUCCUGCUUUUUGAAAUACACCAAAGUUUAUAAUACAGCAAUAUGACCAUUUUAAGCAAUGUGAAAACAUAUAUUUUUAGAGUUCCAUUUAGUUCAUGAGCAAUUUAUUUCAACACCUCUAUUUCUUACUUGAGAUUUUGUUUUGUUUUAAGUCUGUGGAAUUAUAUAUAAUAAUUAAAAAGAAUCUUGAGAUGUAUACACUGAAUGACUGCAGAAAGGAGCAACUCACUCAUUGGCUGCACUCCCUUAGAUCUGCAUGCUUAACAGAAUGUCUCUAUAAAGCCCUCUGUGAAUGAUCAGGAACCUUCAAUGUUCAGAGAUUUGGAACAUGUUCCCCAGAUUGUGUAGAAGUUGGAGGCACAGUCAAAAAAGCAAAAGCCUGUUUUACUCUGUCACAUUCAGUAUACACUUAGGGUUGGAUCCUAUUACUCCCUUUUACUAAAUUGGAUCUUGUGACUCCAUUCUAUCAAGUCUUCCUCAAACAGAGAAAGGCUAGAUUUGACAAAGAAAGUAUUUUCUGCAUCAGAGGAAGUCUCUUUUUAAAUUCUUCGUGGAAGAAAGUCAGAAAAGUCAUGCAGUGCAAUCCUAAACAGAGUUACAUCUUUUUAAAAUCCCAUUGAAAUCAAUUGGUUUGGAACGUAAAACUCUUGCUCUGAUAGUAUCUAGUUUAACAGAACGGAGCCCUAAAAGCUAACCCAUAAUCUGCACAGAGCAUAUGUCACAAAGCUUCCUUCAAGAUAGUUGGCAGAACUGUAGCAUCUUCAGUCAGCACUUCAGUCUUGAUUAAUAGUGGAUUAUUUUUUAAAAUAAUAGAUCCAGAAUCCUAAUCCACAUGAACAUUAGCAUCAGGGGAAUGUAAUGAGUGUGUUAAAUGUGUCUUUCAUAUUGGAUUUUAAUCAUGGAGUUGAAAAAACACAUCUUUCCACAUAAUUCAACGUGAAUAAGAUCUACAGUACUUUUAACUAUUUGAAUGUAUGCUGAUGUAAGUUUAUAUCUUAGAUUUAAAAAUUAUGAUGUUAAACAGAAUUUUGUUUGACUGAGACUACAAUCACAAUAAUACAAAUAUACAUAUUUCUUUGCCCUGAUCUGGAUAGCCCAGGCAAGCCUAAUUUUGUCAGUUUUUGGAAGCUAAGUAGAGUUGACUGCGGUUGGUACUUGGAUGGGGGACCUCCUUUGGAAUACUCGGUUAAGAGGACAGGGGCAAGCCCUAUUCAGUCACCUCUCUGAAUAUCCUCCAGGCCUCCAAAAGGGAUCAGUCACCGGAGGUUGACUUGACUUUUAGGUGCAAAUACAAACACACAAAAUACCAAAAUAAAAUACACAUUUCUUUUAUUCUUCCUGAAGAGGUGACAACGUGUGUUUAUUUAAAUAGUUAUUUGGACAGCAGCACUAAAAGCAUGUUUACUUGACAGUAAUUCCCACUGAAAAGGACACAUUUCCAAACCUGCAUUGGACUGUUAGGACUGGACUGUUGGACAGUCCAACGGUAUUGGAAAGUUAGGAUCUUACAUAUUUUGAGGUCCACAGGGACGGAGUCUUCUAGCAUCAGUACUUUUGCUGUGGUUGGUAAACCAAGAAUAACUUCAACCUUGAAACCAUCUCAGCCUUGAAACUAUCUCUAGUCCAGGUUUGUAAGCCCAUUUGUAGAACAUCUGCUUUGUGUGCAAAAUAUCCCAGGUUUAAUCUCUAGUAUAUCUAGUUAAUAGGUCUCUGGUAGCAGAUUUGGGGGAAAAAUAAAAGCCUGAACAAUUCCUACUAGCCAGAGUAGAUAGUAUUGUGCUUCAUAGAUCAGUGGUCCGAUAGUAUAUGAUAAUAUCAUGUGUUCCUUUAAGUUCCUGAUCAUAUAAUUAUUUUUAAAAGAUGUAUUUUAUGAAUACCAUAAUAUUGUUAAUGAUUUUUGGGUUAUAUUAAUACCAUUCCAUUUUAGAAUUCCCUUAUAACUUCUCAGUAAUAUGACUGCUGUUUCAUCUUAGAAUUCUAAUUUCCUUUAGUGGAAAAUUUGUGAAUUAUUUGACUGAUAGUAUGGCUGAAAUGAAAAAAAAUCUUCCAAAUUAAAAAUGUGGUUAAUGUCUUUCAUUAAUCAUCAAUUUUUCCCCAGAUAAUUGGAAUGUGGACCAAGGCUCUUGAAUCCCACAAGGUUCAGAAUUAUAAAUUUAAUAAUAAAUGUAAUAGUUGUUCCUGAA